AUGGUCACCAAACGAUUACUCGUCGCGCUCUUCGCCCUCCUUCCCCCAACGCAAGCCCUUCUCCGCUUCUCCUGCUCGCAACUAGUAGUCGAGCGCCUCGACCCCCUCGUCAACCCCGGCCUCUCGCAAUCGCCCCACCUACAUCAAAUCAUCGGCGGAAAUGCGUUCAAUAUCUCCAUGGACCCUACCGUCGCGCCGCCGGACAUAGCGACUUGCACGACGUGCACCUUUGCAGAGGACUUUAGCAACUACUGGACUGCGACACUGUAUUACAGGGCGAAGAACGGGACGUUUAAGAGGGUGCCACAGAAAGGGAAUGUGAAUUUCGAGAGCAGUAAUGGCGGGAUGACGGUGUAUUAUAUUCCGAAGAACGUUAAUGGGGCGACGCCGGGGGCGGUGACGGCGUUCAAGAAGGGGUUUAGGAUGAUUGUUGGAAAUCCAACCUACCGCACCGAAGCCCAAGCAAAGCAGUUCCGCCAGCUCACCUACACAUGUCUGCAAGACUCGAUGACGCGGACUGGCGAAACACUCUACUUCCCCAAGAAGCCGUGUCCGGCGGGAAUAAUGGUGAAUGUGCGGUUUCCGACGUGUUGGGAUGGCGUCAAUCUGGAUAGCCCGGAUCAUAUGAGCCAUGUCGCGUAUCCUUCCUCGGGCACCUUCGAAUCCAACGGGCCUUGCCCGUCCACCCACCCCGUCAAACUGCCCCAACUCUUCUACGAGGUGAUAUUCGACACGACCAAAUUCAACGACAAAUCGCUCUGGCCCGACGACGGGAGCCAGCCCUUUGUGUGGUCGUUCGGGGAUAAGACUGGCUACGGCAACCAUGGUGAUUACGUGUUUGGGUGGAAGGGCGACGCGCUGCAGAAGGCUAUGGACACGAACUGCAAUAUCAACUGUCCGCAGUUGAAAACACAGAGCAUUGCGCAGGCGAACAAGUGCGUGCAGAGUCAGAAGGUGAAGGAGGAUGUGGAUGGGUGGCUCAGUGAGUUGCCCGGGGGUAUGCCCGUUGGGUAG